AUGUUCAAAUAUUUCCUCAUUACAAUAAUUUUCUAUAUAAUAACACCCUAUUAUGCCCAGUAAUGUUUUUCCGAAUUAUCCAUAUAUAUAACCGAAGAAGAAAUGAAGUAAAAAUAAACCCACUAAUAAUAUAAAAAGAGACUUAGAUACCUUAUAGAAUAAUAUGAUGGCCUCAAAUAAGGAAGUUUAAGUAGCAGAGCCUGCCUUUUAAUGGGCUUAAAAUAAAACUAAUAUACUUAUUUAGGUGAAACUUUCAUUAAGAUUAGACUCUCCUGCAUGUCUAACAUGUAAAGAGGAAAGUGUUAAAAUUACAAAUAAUACGCUUUUUAUGAGUGCCUAUGGGAUUAUUUCACAUACUCCGGUUAGAUUUUAACUGAAUAUUACUCUUUUUGGAGAAGUAGACCCUGCAUUAAGUGUAUGGAAUUAUGA